CUGUCUCCUGCAGCUUUAAACGGUCCUCAGUUUCCUGCAUGUGAGAAGUUUCCUCACCAGCUGGCGCGCUCUCCAUUACGCAACUGACCCAGAUAAGUUGCUGCAGGCAAAAACAAGAGUGUAAAACGGCGAGGAGAGGAACUAAGAGGAAAGCCCCUCCCACGAGAGCUUAAUACCUGCACAGGUAUCAGAGAGUCACCUGGAGCAGCGGUGUGCACGGUGCUGGCUGAAGAUGGCUGAAGCUGUGGAGCUCGGUACGGUGUCCGCGGGGGUCCGGUCCAUGUUUUUCAUGCUCACGCCGAACGAGACAUCUUUUCAGAAAAUGGAAGAGGUUCCUCAGUAUGUGCAGCAGGCCACUCCGUUCUUUGUCGGGCUGAUGGUGCUGGAGCUGGUGGUGGGCGUGCUGAAGACAGGAGCCCCAGUGGUCACCAUCAGUGAUGGACUCACCUCGGUAUCUUGCGGGAUGAUCUCCAGACUCCCCAUGUUGUUUAUGAGAGGCUGCGAGCUGACUGCGUACAUGUUCGUGUGGAACCGGUACCGCCUGCUGGAGCUGCCGUGGGACUCCGCCUGGACCUGGUGGCUCUCCUUCCUGGGCGUGGACUUCUGCUACUACUGGGUCCACCGCUUCGCUCACGAGGUGUCCUUCAUUUGGGCCGCUCACCAGGUUCACCACAGUUCAGAGUACUACAACCUCACCACGGCCCUCAGACAGUCCCUCACACAGCAGUUCACAUCAUGGAUUUUCUACCUGCCGUUGGCUCUGGUUGCACCACCCACAUUUUUUGCCGUUCACAUACAACUAAACCUCCUCUACCAGUUCUGGAUCCACACUGAGCUCAUUGAUGACCUUGGACCUCUGGAGUGGGUCUUCAACACCCCAAAACAUCACAGAGUUCAUCACGGGAGGAACAUUUACUGCCUUGACAAGAAUUACGGAGGAAUUCUGAUCAUAUGGGACCGCUUAUUCGGUACUUUUGCUCCAGAGAAAGACAAAGUGGUGUUCGGCCUGGUGUUCCCCAUCAACACCUUUGAAAUCCUCUACGUUCAGUUACACUACUACGUGUAUUUGUGGAAAAGGUCCAACACUUACAAGACUAUCAGCGACAAACUGUCAACUUUCCUCAAAGGUCCGAGUUGGCAACCUGGUAAACCUCGGCUCGGUGACCACGAAGAAAAUCCCAAGGUUACCGGACAGGAAGUGCCUCAUGAUCCCAGCUGGUCGCUGCCUUUGCAAGUUUAUGUGGUCAUACAUUUCCUGCUGGUGCUGGCGAUUUACCACGAUCUGUUUGAAAACAAGAUGACGCUGUCCCAGUUCACCAUCCUGGGGAUGACCGGCUACGUUCUACUCACCCUCACCUCCCUGGGCUACAUCAUGGAUCAGAGGCCAACAGCGGCAGUCUUGGAGAUGCUACGCUGCGUCGUCAUGGUGACAGUGCAGAGGUACGGCUACAUGAAGCCCCUGCUGCCUGCGUUGGCCGUCCCCACAGAGGCCUUUGUCUCCCUCUCUCUGCUGUACUGGGCUCUGCAGAGCUUCACUCAGCUGCUCAACAUCAAGAAGAAGGCUGACUGAGUCCACACAAGAAGACGCACACUGAAUUUUAUCUUUUAAUAUCAACAUUUUUAACAUAAUUCCAUAAUAUCCAUUUUUAUUGCCUUAAACACUGUGCACAACCUCAUCUGUAUGUGGAGAGGCAGUUUCAGCUCCUGCUCGAUUCACUUUUAAUGUGCAACUGGUUGAAGUCUGUUUAUGGCUGUAAAACGGUGCAUGCUUACUACACUCGACCAGAAAUCCACUCCCAUUCACUGUGUAUAGGAAGAAACAAUACACACACAAAAAAAACAAUGGUAUACACGGUGCUCACAUUAAGAUAGCCUCUCAAGUGAAAUGCUGAAGUGAGAUAUUAACUGAAAGUAACUGAUUUCUAUCCAUACAAAAAUAACAUGUAUUUUUUAGCAAAUGUCAAAAAAAGUAUUCAUGUGAAUCAGCCAUUUCCGGUUGAAUUUGUAAAAUAUGACAGGAAACGGUCUUGCACUGUUGCUUUUUCGUAAAGAAAACACCUCUGUGUGGUGCUGAUAGAGAAGGGAGCGGGGGAUCGUACACACACACGACUGGCAAGGCAGGGCGGAUGCAAGUUCAUGCAAAUUUAUUGCAUAUAGUGGGCAUGCACUGUAAGAUAAACCAUGUAAAUCAGCCAUAAGAUUAGACAAGGUGCUCAACCGGUGCGUUUACCAAAUGAUGAAUUUCUCACUUUAAAAACGUCUUGUGUGCAUUAGUCUACACCGGUGCUUGUCAAACUGUUUCAGCAUAAUAAAACUCUUGUUCAUUAGCUCCCACAUAGAGAAAAUUCAUUCCAUGCUCCCCCUGCCCGUCCCACAGUUUGAGAAGCACUGGUCUACACUGCAGCAGUGCUAAUUCAAGUACUAAUGAAUUAACAUUUUUAUAUAUCACCUGAACCACUGUGAAUGAUUAUAUUUUGCCUUUACUAUGCAACUUAUACCUCUCAGUGUUGGGAAAGCUACUUUGAAAGCUUUGCAAGCUACUAAUCACCUCACACUGUAAGACGCUGAACUACUGUAAAGCUACGCUAGAGAGAAAUCUAGUUUGGUUAACUAAAGCUGCUUAGAAAAAAAAUAGGGCUGACAGCAAUGCUUUAAAAAUGGUAAUCAGUGUCCAAAUCAGUAUUCAAAUGUUCUUUUUUUCUCUAUAAUCAAUCCAGAAAUCCUAAUAAUCCAACAUAAUUCAUCAUGCAUCAAUAUUAACUAUUACUGAUUUUGAGACAAGGACAUUUAAACUGUGAUGGUCCUCGUUUUGUGCUCCGGCAGUUUGACCACACCUGACACUGAUCUGAGUCUUACAGAUUUAAAAGCAAGAAGGUCAAGCAACUGGAAUAGUUUCACAAUUUACAAAGAUAACCCCUAAAAAGUCGAGGGCCAAAAAUGCCAAAGAAAACUUUUUUUCCUAGCUAUAAUGGUCAGUGAUACUGGCACCUGCAUGCUAACAAAGCAGCUUUUUUUCACAUUAUUUUAUAUGCAAUGACCGAAAACUGAGGUUUCAAAAAAUCUCUCUCAGUGCUCGUCCAAUCUUUGAUUAAUUGUCAAUACUUCUCAACAAAUAUUUGAUGGCCCAAAACUGGGUUUUGAGACUGCUCAGAAAAAGUAGUUCAAACUACUUUGUUGAAAAUUGUCAAUGUGCAUGUGAAGUGAAAUUAUAAAAAAAGAAAAUAUCAAAAAAUAUCCCAUGCCAACAGAAAAGGCCACUGAAGUGGGUGUAUUUGAAAAAGCGCCCACUUGUUCACAAGUUGUACAAAAAACAAACAAACAAAAAUUACCCCUUAGCUUUGGUUUUGUACACAAUGUCCAUUCUUCAGAAAUCUGCCUUUUUUUUUAAAUAAAUAGCAAUGAUCAAUACUUCUGACAAAUUGUGCUUAAAGGGAGAUAAAUUACAGUUGCGAUGUCAUAGUAAAACAAAAUUUAAAAAAUAAUUCCUUUCCUUUUAUGGCCCAAAAUUGUUUGUAGUUUCAGUAGGUAACUACAGAAAAAAAUGACGAAAAAGUGAUUUAGCCACUUGAAUACUUGAAUCACGAUUUCAAUGUAGCUGAUCAACCAGCAAGCUGCUGCAAAAUGUAAUCAAAAGCUUAUUUACAUGUAUUUCACUUCUGCCUCUAACAAAACAAAUGCUGCUCAUCAUGAUGCCUUCUAAUUUUAGUUUUUCUUGCACAACACCAAACAGUAUAUUGUUUUCAUUCCUCACUGCAAUUAAAAAAUUGUAAUUUUGCCCUA